CUAGAUCACGGAUUACUUCCUCUCCUGUUCGGUGCUAGUCGACUAAUUCUAGAAUCCUGCACCCUGCAGAUCGACAUCAGCGCGACCUACCUGCCCUGCCAGUUGCCGCAAUUCCUCCCUAUUCGUGAUUGUCGCACAUCGCACAUCGCACAUCGCACAUCGCAUCCCGCCAUGGUGAAGGGCAAGAAGAUCCUCUUCAUCGUAGGCGACUACGUGGAGGACUACGAGGUGAUGGUGCCGUUCCAGGCGCUCAUGGCGUUCGGCUUCAACGUCGACGCCGUCUGCCCGGGCAGGAAGGAGGGCGAAGUCUGUCGCACGGCCGUGCACGACUUCGUCGGCGAUCAGACCUACGCGGAGUCCCGCGGCCACAACUUCGUGCUCAACGCGACGUUCGACGAGGCGCGCAGCGAGUCGUACGACGCGCUCGUGCUGCCGGGAGGCCGCGCGCCCGAGUACCUGUCGGUGGACGCGCGCGUGGUGGCGCUGGUGAGGGAAUUCGCGGAGGCGCGCAAGCCCGUGGCGUCCAUCUGCCACGGGCAGCUCGUGCUCGCCGCCGCUGAUGCGCUCCAGGGCCGCAAGUGCACAGCGUACCCGGCUCUGAAGCCCGUGGUCACCGCGGCGGGCGGCAUCUGGGCCGACCCCGAACCCAUCUCCGCGUGCUUCUAUGAUGACACGCACAAUCUGAUCACAGGUGCGGCGUGGCCGGGGCAUCCGGAGUUCCUGGGGCUGCUGCUGCUGGCGCUGGGCGCCAAGGUGCAGGGCAGCGACAAGCGCGUUCUGGUGCUCUGCGGGGACUUCAUGGAGGACUACGAGGUGAUGGUGCCGGUUCAGGCGCUGCAGGCGCUGGGGUACCGCGUGGACGCCGUUUGCCCAGGGAGGAAGACAGGGGAUGUGUGCAGGACGGCCGUGCACGACUUUGAGGGCGACCAGACCUACACUGAGAAGCCCGGCCACAACUUCGCCCUGACGGCGGACUUUGACGUGGUGAAUGUGGUUGAUUACGACGCCCUCGUAGUGCCGGGUGGGCGCGCACCCGAGUACCUGGCGCUGAAUGCGCGCGUGCUUGACAUAGUGCGGCAGUUCGAUGCAAGCAGCAAGCCCAUCGCCUCCAUCUGCCACGGCCAACAGAUCCUAGCUGCGGCUGGCGUGCUCAAGGGCAAGAGGUGCACGGCAUACCCGGCGGUGAAGCCAACGGUGGUGCUGGCGGGCGGCGAGUGGCAGGAGCCAGACCCAAUCUCGCGCUGCUUCAGGGACGGCCACCUCAUCACGGGCGCUGCGUGGCCCGCACACCCCGAGUUCAUCAGCUUGCUCAUGGAGGCGCUGGGCACCACGGUCACAGCAUGACUUGCGUGUGCUCACUAACAUGCUCUGCUCUUCAUAUACUGUAUUCCCCCGGAUAUACGUGCCUGGGUGCGUUUAGGGAUUAUCGUCUUAAAAUGGGGGGUGCGUUUUUUUCUCUCGAAUUUUUGUGAUACGGCACAGUGCGUUAUGGUUUUAGAAAAAAAAUACGGUGAAAGGGCAAGAAAAUGUAGCUCGAACAAUUUCAUUUCAGUUGAAUGUUCACCCAAACAGAA